UAUCAGCGUGCAGUGAUGGUGAAGCAUCAGAGAGGAGCUGUGAGGGCAGUAACGAACAUGAGUUUGUUUCUGCUGCUUCUGCUGUCAGGACUACUGUGCAGUGCUUCUGGUUCUGAUAGAAAGUACUUCUAUAUAGACAUAAGAAUGAAUUGGACAGAUGCUCAGAGUUACUGUAGAGAGAGAUACACUGAUCUGGCUACUGUAGACUCGAUGGAUGAUGUGAACAGGAUGAUAAAUACAGUGAAUGAUCGCUACAUUGGAUCAGUCUGGAUUGGACUGCAGAGGGCUACACAGAGUCGCUGGGGUUGGUCUAUGGGAGAUGAUACUGUUACACAGUAUAGUGGAUGGAGUCCAAACCCAACUCCUGGUAAUGAAAAAUGUGUCUAUUUUACUAAUGGAUUUUGGUACGAUUAUCAAUGCUCAGCAUCUUUACACUUUGUGUGCUAUGAUAAAAAUACUGGAUAUAUCAGGAAACAGAUUAAUAAAACCUGGACAGAUGCUCAGAGUUACUGCAGACAGUAUCACACUGAUCUGGCCACUGUCCGUAACUCGAAGGAUCAGAACCAGCUUAUUGCAACUGUUGGAUAUGGGCCAUGGGUCUGGAUCGGUCUGUUCUUGGACUCUUGGCAGUGGUCUGACCAGUGGAACCUCUUCUUUAGAAACUGGCCAGCAGGAUACCCAUCACAGACUACAGGAUCUGGUGACUGUGCUGCUAUGUCAAUAACUUACUCCGGGAAAUGGUUUCAGUAUAGCUGUGACCUACAGCGUCCUUUUUUCUGCUAUGAAUGGCCCAAAACUCGACAGUAUCACUACAUAAAUAAAAAUCUGAAUUGGUCAGAAGCUCAGAGUUACUGUAGAGCGAGAUACACUGAUCUGGCUACUGUAGACUCUAUGAAAGAUGUGAACAUUAUGACAAAUAUAAGAGAUGUUGCGUACAUUGGACCAUUUUGGAUUGGACUGAAGAGGGUGAGUCAGAGUCGCUGGGGUUGGUCUAUGGGAGAUGAUACUCUUACAAAUUACAGUGGAUGGAGUUCAAACCCUGGUAAUGACGAAUGUGCCUAUUUUGCCUAUGGAUUUUGGUACAGUAAACAAUGCUCAGGAGUGUUAUACUUUGCCUGCUACAAUGAAAGUACUGGAUACAUCAAAAUAGAGAUUUAUAAAACCUGGAGAGAUGCUCAGAGCUAUUGCAGACAGUAUCACACUGAUCUGGCCACUGUCCGCAGCCCUGAUGAGCAAAGUAAGCUAUAUGCAGUUGUUGGACAUGGGCCAUGGGUCUGGAUUGGUCUGUUCAAGGACUCUUGGCAGUGGUCUGACCAAUGGAGUCUCUUCUUUAGAAACUGGGCAGCAGGAUACCCAUCACAGACUACAGGAUCUGGUGACUGUGCUGCUAUGUCAAUAACUUACUCCGGGAAAUGGUUUCAGUAUAGCUGUAACCUACAUGGUCCUUUUGUCUGCUAUGGAUGGCCCAAAACUCGACAGUAUCACUACAUAAAUAAAAAUCUGAAAUGGUCAGAAGCUCAGAGUUACUGUAGAGAGAGAUACACUGAUCUGGCUACUGUAGACUCGAUUGUUGAUGUGAACAUUAUGACAAAUAUAACAGAUGUUGGGUACAAUGGAUCAGUGUGGAUUGGACUGAAGAGGAUGAAUCAGAGUCGCUGGGGUUGGUCUAGGGGAGAUGAUACUCUUACAAAGUACAGUGGAUGGAGAUCAAACCCUGGUAAUGAAGAAUGUGCCUAUUUUGCCUAUGGAUAUUGGUACAGUUAUCAAUGUUCAACACAGUUAUUCUUUGCUUGCUACAAUGAAACUACUGGAUACAUCAAAAUAAAUGAUCGGAAAAACUGGACAGAUGCUCAGAGCUAUUGCAGACAGUAUCACACUGAUCUAGCCACUGUCCGCAGCCCUGAUGAGCAAAGUCAGCUAUAUGCAGUUGUCGGAGAUGGGCCAUGGGUCUGGAUUGGUCUGUUCAAGGACUCUUGGCAGUGGUCUGACCAAUGGAGUCUCUUCUUUAGAAACUGGGCAGCAGGAGACCCAUCACAGACAUCAGGAUCUGGUGACUGUGCUGCCAUUUCAACAACUAACUCUGGGAAAUGGGUUCAGCAUAGCUGUGAUCUACAGCAUCCUUUUAUCUGCCAUGGAGGGACCAAUCCUCUUUAUCAACAGUGUAAGGCUAAUGUCAUAUUUUGACUAAAGGUAGCCCCUCCCCAAAGAUCAGCGACUAUGGAUGGAAUGAUCUUCUAAACUCUGUCUUGUCAGCCUCAUCCUUCACAAUAUUAGAAAAUAAAUAUUUAAUCAUCAUUUGUGUGAAUAGUUGACUGGAAUGUGUUAAAUGCUAUGCCUAUAUAAUGUAUAUGUAUAAAAACCUUCUAAUCUAUCUCCAUAAACAGGUAGUGUCUGUAGAAUCAUUGAAACUUUGUAAGGUGAAAGUAACUUUGUAUAGCAUUUCUCAAAUUAUUGCUUCUCUAAGAUUAAUCAUUUUAUUGUUUUUCCUUACUUUUUGUAGGUCACUUUAGAAUAAAAGCAUCUGCUGAAUGUAAAUGUCAGCUUUUACUCACUGCAACAUUAAAACAUUUCCUUCAGUUUUUGUCCUUGUUUACUUAUCUUUUACUUUUAUCAUACUUAGUAGGAGAUAGGAUGUGAGGAAAGGAAACAAUUCACAAUUUGUGAAAUCAGAAGUUCCCAUUUGUUUUGUAAUACACAAGGAGCAUACAUUUUCAUGGACGGGUAACUUGUUUCUAUAGAAAGGUUUUUGCAUAAGACACAAAGCAUUAUUCCAAAGCAGUGGAUUAUUUUUUGUUAAAGAAGACAAUUUGAAUAACUGAUAACUGUGCUUACAGCUCUUACUGUCACAUUGAGAGUAAUAGGCUAAAGGUUUUUAGUCUCACCCAUAAAAAGCAGCUAUUGGCUCAAUUUAAAAAAAUUGUCACAUCUUGACAUGCAGUCUAGAUUCCUACAUUUUAGAGAAUUUGCAGGGGUCAUCGCAUCAAGAGUACAAUGGCUGAGUCUCAUCAUCUCCCCUGGCAGGUACAGGUAAGUCAGGUAUU